AGCUGUGUUGAUUUUUGUCAUGUGAAAAAUGCUUUCUUUGGUGUAGAAGUAAUGUAAUAUGUGAAGCGAUAUUUUGGCCUCUGGUGGGAGAUGCCAACUCUGAUUCUUUAAGGCAUAUACUAAUCUUUAUCUGAAUAAUCAUGAUCACGGCACUCUAACUGGAGGGUCAUCAGUUGGCAUCCCAGGCAAACAGACAAUCCCUUAAGAAUGCUUUUUCUGUCCCUAGAAUCGGUAACUUCUGACCAGAGCUAUGAGAAUGCUUCUGUACUGGAAUAUGAGUCUGACCCAUUUUCUGGCCUGCAGACGAGGAAACUCAUGCAAGAAGGAGUAAAAAUGGAGCCAGCAUCAGUUAUGUUUCUGGAUGAACAGGAGGGGAGAGCCUUUGGCAAAAAACACUUCAUCAUCUUCUGUGUUGUGCUGUUCUGCUGCCUGGUGAUGGUGAUAGUAGCCCUUGUGAUGGCAAGCCUGAGAUGCUUUUACAAAUGUCCAUCUGGUUGGUUGGAAGCCAAAAGGAGUUGCUACCGCAACUUCACAAAACCAAACAAGUGGAAUGAAGGAAGACAUAUGUGCCGAAGCCUUGGAGCUGAUCUGAUAGUUAUUGAAGAAGAAAAGGAGCAGGACUUUCUCAAUUACAAAAUGCAUGCUGAACAAAAUAGCUUCUGGAUUGGCUUGUACAAUGUUGGUGGAAAACCAUGGAAGUGGGUGGAUGGGACAGAUGUAUCAUACCAAAAACUGAAAGCAGAAGACCUAACUGAGGUUAUAGAUAGCCAUUGUGCUACUUCAAGCAAAGACGGACCUAUAGGUGAUGAAUGGAACAGCAUUGAUUGCACAAAGAUGCAUCCAUACAUUUGUGAAAAAGACAUGCAUAUUUCCUGUGAUCUGAAGUUCCCACUUUCAUACUAUUGAAAUUAUUUUCCUUGGGUAGGUGUGGAUGUGUAAAAAUAAA